GGACGAAACCCCGCCCCGUGUGGAGGCGGGGCCGGACGUGAACGCGCUGCCAAACCGGGCACCUCCCACAACCCUCUAGCCGGAAGCGGCGCCUGCCCUGACGCCCGCCUGGCGGGAACCUGGGCUCGCCCCAUCCCAGCGAUCCGCAGUCAAUUGGUAGCGCCUGCACGUCGCGCGCGGAGUUCGAUUGGCGUUGCCUGGGGAGGAGGAACCGCCGCCGCCGCUGCCGCCGCCGCCGCGGGCUUCGUUUGUGAGGAAGGGCCUAGGCCCGAGCUUGCCGUGGUGGGGCUUGCCGCGCGCCGGGGCUCGCCUCCUGCCGUGUCCUGCGCUCCAGCUUCGCCCACUUCUCCUUGCCAGCAGGCUGGGCGCGGAGAAGACCUGCCGGAACCAUGGAGGACGAGGUGGUCCGCUUUGCCAAGAAGAUGGACAAGAUGGUGCAGAAGAAGAACGCGGCUGGAGCACUGGAUUUGCUAAAGGAGCUUAAGAAUAUUCCUAUGACCCUGGAAUUACUGCAGUCCACAAGGAUCGGAAUGUCAGUGAAUGCUAUUCGCAAGCAGAGUACAGAUGAAGAAGUUACAUCUUUGGCAAAGUCUCUCAUCAAAUCCUGGAAAAAGUUAUUAGAUGGUCCAUCAACUGAAAAAGACCUUGAUGAAAAGAAAAAAGAACCUGCAAUUACAUCGCAGAACAGCCCCGAAGCAAGAGAAGAAAGUACCUCCAGCGGCAAUGUAAGCAACAGAAAGGAUGAGAGAAAUGCCCGAGAUACUUACGUUUCAUCCUUUCCUCGGGCACCCAGCACUUCUGAUUCUGUGCGGUUGAAGUGUAGGGAGAUGCUUGCGGCAGCUCUUCGAACAGGAGAUGACUACAUUGCAAUUGGAGCUGAUGAGGAAGAAUUAGGAUCUCAAAUUGAAGAAGCUAUAUAUCAAGAAAUAAGGAAUACAGACAUGAAAUACAAAAAUAGAGUACGAAGUAGGAUAUCAAAUCUUAAAGAUGCAAAGAAUCCAAAUUUAAGGAAAAAUGUUCUCUGUGGGAAUAUUCCUCCUGACUUAUUUGCUAGAAUGACAGCAGAGGUGAGUAUGCAUGACUCUGAGGUUUCUGUAAUGUGAUUCCAUGUUGUGAAGGAGGCCCAAAGAGAAAUAGAGAAACGGGGAAAGAGUGGGGUAGUCAGAACACACACAUUUGACUUAGGAAAGUGUGGAAAAAGUAUAUUUAAUUUAAUUUUCCUGCAGGUGCAAACCCGUAGUGCUGAUGAACCAAUGACAACAUUUGUUGUCUGUAAUGAAUGUGGAAAUCGAUGGAAGUUCUGUUGAGUUGGAAGAAUUGGCAAAAUGCCUGGACCAUUAAGAAAACAGAUUUUGUAAUUAGCUUUAAACUAGGCCAAGCAACUAGUUUUCCUGCAAAUCAGAUUUUUAAAGUAACAUACAUCCCUUGGGUUAGACUUUGGUUUUGACCUAACAUUUCUUCCUUAAAUGCCUUCUUAGUUUCAGAUUUGUAAGGAAACUAUGUAAUAAUUGUAUGGUAUCUGUUUCAAAACAUUUUUUCCAUGUUUAUAAGUAACUUGAUAUUAAACUUUUAUCAGUUAAACUUCUGGCAAUAUUUUUUCUUUUUCUUUUCUUUUCUUUCUUUUUUUUU